UAUGAAAACAAACAAACAUAUUGCUCAUGGUGUGAGGGGGGGCCAGGAGGUGAAAUCUAGUCCAGAAAGAACGGGGAAGAUGAGACAGGAAGAAAGGGGGAGUGGCCAAACACUCCUAAUCCAGAAUGAUCCUGUGAGUCAACCACACUAAUCUACCAGUUCCCCACAUUCGGAGAGACGGAGGGAAUAUAAACCAGGCGGCAGAAGAGUCCAGAACCAGAUGCUGAAUCAAUUGAAUUUGUAAAUACGUGAAUAUACAUUUCUCAUUUUGCUUCAUCUGGAUUAUCAUCAUCAGCAUCAUCAUCAUCAUCAUCCUCCUCCUCAUAACAGCAGCUAAAAAUGGCGCUCAUGAGGUCAGGCUGGCUGUGGCGACAAACGUCCGUCCUGAAACGCUGGAAGUUGAACUGGUGCGACCUCUGGAUCGACGGCAGCCUCUGCUUCUACAGGAGCGACAGCCGGCGGGAGCUGGAGCACCGCGCCAGCCUCAAGACGGCGUGUGUGGAUGUGCGGUCCGGCCUGGAAUGUGGAGGUGUGACUCCACCGGAGAGCAAUCCCAGGGACAAUCUGGUCGUGGUCCAGCUCCGAGACGGCUCGACGCUCAACCUGUGUGCCAACAGUGAGGACGAUUCCAUAGCGUGGAAAUUGACUCUGCUUGAAACCAGGAGAAACCCGGUGUUCACGUACGACCCCUACGACGACUCGUACCAGGCUGUUCCCCUCAACGGCUACCACACGGUCUACAUCACGCCCGGAGCGGGACCGGGUUCCCACCAGGUGGUUGUCCACAGGGACCCGUUUGACGACGUGAUGGAGCAUCUUGCGCUGGGAUUAGUCGCAGGCAUGGCGGCCGGGGCGGCCAUGCGAUCCUUCCUCUGGAUGCCCUUCCUCUUCUGCUGAGGUGCUCUCCAUUACCGGAACACGACGGCCCUGGCACAAGGCCCGUCCGCCCCCCACAGGACGGACGAGCUGACAUCAGCGUCGUCAUCUUUUAUAUCCUGUUUUUAAACCGCAUCUGCUGUCACAAACAGCUGCUCGUGUGGUUGUUCUGUUCAUACUGUAUGUGCAAGUUUUGCUUACGACGAUGGUGUGCAAUGAUGUUUUUUUUUGCUCGUCUAUGCAGCAAAUGAUAUCAUUAGUCUUGUACCUGAAUGUUCUUUUAUCUGACUUUUACACUUUGCAAGCUGAAGAAAAAGUGUAGUUUAUGAAGUGAAAUGAAUCAAUGUGUUGAAAUGCAAAUACGGAAGGUGACAAAGUUACUGACAACAUGUUGAAAAUGCCUGUCAUUAAUAUUUAUAUUUCUUGUUCGAACUCGAGGUCAACUCACUUACAUUUCCCAGAUCUCUCAAUCAUAUAACGUUUUGCUCAGUUGUCAUGAAUAUGCAUCUGUGUCGUUUUGAUUCUAUCAAUAGGCAGAACAGAAACAGAAUAGGCUCCAUCUGCGGAUGAAGGCGGUGUGACGUAUUUGAAAGCUCAGGAAAAUCUAGUCUGCGGAUCUUCAGUUGGGAUCUUUUCAAUGGGGAUGGCGUUUGACGUUUUGAGUGAACACAGACUCAAAACUGUAAAAUUGCUUUGCAUUAAAAAAUGGUUUAUAAUUUCUCGUGUCAGCAGAUCUGUCUCCAGAGUCCAUAUGCAAAUGAAAACCAUAAGCUGUGGUUGUCAAUCUAGAA